UUGAGCGCACGAAACAUGGCCUCCGACGGUCGCAAACAGCCGCCGUGGCACGCCCCUAAAGCGCAGCCCGAUGUCCAGCUGCCCAAAUUGAAGAUCUACAACAGCUUAACAAGGAGCAAGGAUGACUUUGUCCCAAUCGAUCCGGCAGGGAAGGUGGUGACAUGGUACGGAUGUGGCCCAACAGUCUACGAAGAUGCCCAUCUGGGCCAUGCGAAGAACUACGUCUCAACCGAUAUUGUGCGCCGUAUCAUGAAAGACUACUUUGGCUUCCGUGUCAAGUUUGUUAUGAAUACAACCGAUAUCGAUGACAAGAUCAUUCUCAAGGGUCGCCAGCAGUACCUGCUCGCACGCUUCAAACAGGAGAAUGCCACCGAAGAUGAGUCAGUGGGCGAGUCUGUUUUGGCAGAGACCAAAGCGGCAUUCCAGAAGUUUAUUGGCAAGAACCUCCCGGAGCUGGCCUCUGAUACGAACCCAGAGGCCUUCUCCGAGGCAGCAGUCAAGGCAUACAAGGAAAACGCCAAGCCUUCAUCUGCCACCGAGGGUCAGGCUGUCACUGUGACUGACUUGUUAUUGAGAGCACGCAUCGCAACGGCACGUUCCGCUGCCGAGGCUCUGCAAGCGCCAGGAAAGCUGCCCGACUUUUUCUCCAAGACGGACGAGAUUCUACUCCCAUACCUUGAUGGCUUGCAUGGUGCAGAGAUGGACUCCAAUGACCACAAGAUGUACCUGGAACUGACCUCGAAAUUCGAGCGCCGCUUUUUCGAGGACAUGGGUGCGCUCAAUGUCCUUUAUCCCGACGAGUUAACCCGUGUGACGGAAUAUGUUCCUCAGGUUGUCAGCUUCGUUGAGCAGAUUAUUACCAACGGUUUCGGUUACUCUACCCCUGAUGGCUCUGUAUAUUUUGAUAUCGACUCUUUUGAGAAGGCUGGGCACAGCUACUCCCGGCUGGAACCGUGGAACAAGAACGACCGUGAACUUCAAGCCGACGGCGAGGGUUCCCUGUCCAAGGGAAAGUCAGCAAAGCGCAAUGAGAAUGAUUUCGCGCUGUGGAAAGCUAGCAAACCGGGCGAGCCAGCAUGGCCCAGCCCAUGGGGUCAUGGACGGCCAGGAUGGCACAUUGAGUGCUCUGCAAUGGCCUCCGAGGUUAUUGGAAAGGCGAUAGAUAUCCAUUCCGGAGGAGUCGAUCUUCGUUUCCCUCACCAUGAUAACGAGCUCGCACAAUCGGAAGCUUACUGGACCAGUCAUGGUUGCGAGGUGCAGUGGACAAAUUACUUCAUCCAUAUGGGUCAACUGAGAAUUCGAGGUCUAAAGAUGAGCAAGAGUCUCAAGAACUUUACGACCAUCAGAAAUGUUCUCGCCGAAAACGAUUGGACUGCACGUUCUCUUCGUAUUUGCUUCCUUCUCAUCCCUUGGCAGGAUAGGAUUGAAGUCACAGAAGAGCUCAUGAAGGCUGUCGUCGGCUGGGAAGGCAAGCUUAAUAACUUCUUCUUAAAGAGUUUGGAUCUCUGGAAAAAUUCCAAGACUACAACAACAACACAAGAGCUUGGCGAUGCAGACAAACAAUUAUUAAGCUCCUUAGAAAAGGCAAAAUUGGAUGUCGAUGCCGCUCUUUGCGAUUCCUUCGACACCUCGACUGUGAUGAGAAUCAUCGCUGAUAUUGUUACCGAGUCUAACUCAGCAGCUGCACUUUCAGAUCAGACAGUUAUUUCAAUUGCGCAGUGGAUCACACGUAUUACGACUAUCUUUGGUCUAGACCCCGAGGGCGACCUUAACAGCCUGGAGCGUAUCGGAUGGUCAGGCCUCGUUAUCCCCGCCCCAGCACAACCUUAUAUCUAUCCUGCAUCUGAACUGCGCGACAAGAUUCGAAACCUGGCCCGUUCAGGCUCUCUCGACCACACAUCCAUCGUAAAGCUUACUGACGAAAGUAAUGUCGCCGCGUCAACGCCAGUCGUUGAGUCCUCUAAGCCAUACGAUCAGGUCCUGCAGCAAUUCCGCACCGAUGUGAAGGACCUCGCGACCAAGGAAGCCCCUGCAAAAGACCUCCUCGCAUUGUGUGACCAACUCCGUGAUGUACACCUCUGGAACUUGGGAAUCUACCUCGAGGACCGCAACAACCAGGCUGCAUUAGUUCGACCUCUCGAUAAGUUGCUCGUAGAGGCGCGCGCAGAGCAGGAAUCGGCCAGCGCUGCUAAGGCGAAGGUCAAGCUGGAAAAGGAGGCCAAGGAAGCCGAGAGGGAGAAGGAGCUGCGCGAGCGCGCCAAGAUUGACCCACUGCAGAUGUUCAGGACCUCGGAUGAGUUUUCGCAAUGGGAUGAGAACGGUAUCCCGACCGUGGACUCAGCGGGUACUGAGGUAUCCAAGAGUCGGCGCAAGAAGCUGGUCAAGGAUUGGGAGAGACAAAAGAAGAUUCACGAGCAAUGGCUUGCGACGCAGAAGGCAGCAUAG